UCCAACUACUUCCCGAACUUAGCGGCCUACUUCGCGGGCUCGACGGGCUCCGCGGUCGUCGUCACGACGGGAGUGCCUUGCGCGACCGGCACGGUCGGGUCGACGGGCGGCGGCAGCGCUACCGGUACGCGUACAUGCAGCGUCGCGCCGGGAGAUGUCCCCGCGGGCACCGUGAUCCGGACCGUCGAGCCGUCGGAGGCCUUCGCCUCGAUGGACUCGCCUUCCUUGGCGCCUGUGUGGAAAUCAGCCAGUGAGUCGGGUGCAAUGAGGCACCGAGAAAUUGAUUUCGGCACAGCGUGGGACCGGCCGGCACGGUCACGGACACGACAUGCGUCGGCUUGGGCCCGCCCAGGUCGGCGAGCUGCCGCUGGAGCUUGCCCAGGUCGCCGAUGACGUUCUGCGCGGUCGCCUGCCUUUGCUUGAAUAACGCCUGGAGGCCCGCGGUGUCGUCGCGCGCCAUGAGGUCCCACGCCGCGACCUGUGCACAAUCAUUGAAAUCAACCGGUGAGACCACGCCGUCGUGCUGACGUCGCGUCGAUGGCGUCCACGGAGGCCAUGAUUCAGCAGUGACGGCUCCGAGACGCGCCGCGCCCGGGGCGCCGCGACCGCUGGGGGCGCCGCGACGUCCGAUUUGAUUUCAUGCACUGGCCGCGGACGCCGAACUCUUGUUUGAUGCCCUUGAUCUGGUGCUGUUUCAUGGCGAUCUCCGUUUGGAGCUUGGCCUUGUUGGCCUCCGUCCCGGCCGUGUUGAAAGCAGAUGAAAUCCCCUCUGACAACUUGUCCAUCAUGCUCUUCUCCUUGGGCGGUGCGGCCGACAUCUGCGGUCGUUUGAUGAGGCGACGCGCUCCUAAGAGUUGUAUCUACCGUGACGGAUGGCCCGGUCAAAAUGGAUGGCAAGGAAUUAGCUCCUAUAUGCUU